CGCGUUUCCUAGCCAAGUCCCCAUCUGCCCUUCCGGAUCCAACAUUUUGAUGCCGCCUUCGAUUGCCCGACCACAAAGAACGGCAUUGUGGAGUUUCGAUCCUACUCUCUGUUGUCGAGGAAUCUAUAUCGGGCCCUCAUACUAUCACAUCAAUCCGCAGACAUGUCCUCCCGACCAGAGCUGAAGGUGGACGACGAGCAUGGCUUCAUCCGAUAUUUCAAGUCGCUGCCCUCCACACACGAAGACACAAUACGAAUAUUCGACCGGGGCGAUUGGUAUACAGCACAUGGCAAAGAUGCUACCUUCAUUGCCCAGACGGUCUACAAAACUACCUCGGUGGUGAGGCAUCUUGGCCGCAGCGAUCACACUGGCCUGCCAUCCGUGACCAUGACCAUGACAGUGUUCCGCCAGUUCCUUCGAGACGCCCUCCAUAAGCUCGGAAAGAGGGUGGAGAUCUACGAGAGCCCCAACGGUCGCAUGAAUUGGAAGGUUGCGAAGCAAGCGUCGCCCGGAAACCUGCAGGACGUCGAAGAAGAGCUCGGACAGUCGGACUCGGCGCCUAUGAUUCUUGCCAUCAAAAUAUCUACCAAGGCCUCCGAGGCCCGGAACGUCGGUGUCUGCUUCGCAGACGCGAGUGUGCGCGAGCUCGGGGUCAGCGAAUUCCUAGACAACGAUCUCUUCUCCAACUUCGAGGCUCUCCUUAUCCAGCUCGGCGUCAAGGAGUGUCUUAUACAACAUGACAAGGCCGAUGUCAACAAGGACCCGGACCUCGCGAAACUGAAGCAGAUCAUCGACAGCUGCGGUAUCGCCAUGUCGGAGCGGUCGGUCAGCGAUUUCGGCACCAAAGACAUCGAGCAGGAUCUGGCUAGGCUCCUCAAGGACGAGAGGUCAGCCAGCCUUCUGCCACAGACGGACCUCAAGCUCGCCAUGGGCGCUGCUUCUGCACUGAUCAAGUAUCUGAACGUGCUUCAGGAUCCUUCCAACUUUGGCCAGUAUCAACUUUUUCAACACGACCUGUCGCAGUUCAUGAAGCUUGACGCGGCCGCGCUCAAAGCGCUCAACCUGAUGCCCGGCGCUAGGGACGGGUCCAAGACGAUGAGCUUGUUUGGUCUACUUAACCACUGCAAGACCCCUGUGGGAAGUCGGCUCCUCUCCCAGUGGUUGAAGCAGCCACUCAUGAACAAGGAGGAGAUCGAGUCGAGACAGCAACUAGUGGAAGCCUUCAUGAAUGACACAGAGCUGCGUCAGACUAUGCAGGAGGAGCAUCUCAGGUCCGUCCCAGACCUGUACAGGCUUGCCAAGCGUUUCCAGAGGAAGAAGGCGAACCUGGAAGACGUUGUCAGGACGUAUCAGGUGGUCAUACGCCUGCCGGGCUUCAUCGGUACCCUCGAGGGUGUCAUGGACGAGGUGUAUCGAGACCCCAUCGAUGCGACCUACACGACCAAGCUGCGGGAGCUGUCAGAUAGCCUCGUGCGUCUGCAGGAGAUGGUCGAGACCACCGUGGAUCUCGAUGCGUUGGACAAUCACGAAUUCAUCAUCAAACCCGAAUUCGAUGACGGCCUUCGCAUAAUCAGGAAGAAACUUGAUCGGCUGCGGUCCGAUAUGAAUAAGGAGUUCACCAAGGCUGCAGAUGAUCUUGGGCAGGAGAUGGACAAGAAAAUCUUCCUGGAGAACCACAAGGUCCACGGCUGGUGCAUGAGGCUGACAAGGACAGAGGCCGGUUGCAUACGCAAUACGUCCGGAUAUCAAGAGUGCUCCACCCAGAAGAACGGAGUUUACUUCACAACCAAGCACCUGCAGUCUCUUCGCCGGGAGUUCGACCAGCUCUCCAAGAACUACGACAGGACACAGGGGAGCCUGGUGAACGAGGUUGUUAGCGUAGCUGCCUCCUACGCACCGCUCCUCGAGCGGCUGGGCGGUGUCCUCGCCCACCUCGACGUCAUUGUCUCGUUUGCGCACUGCUCCGUCCACGCCCCGAUAUCAUAUGUCCGGCCCAAGGUUCAUGCCCGCGGCGAGGGCCGAACUCUGCUCAAGGAGGCCCGCCACCCGUGCCUGGAGAUGCAGGAUGAUGUCCAGUUCAUCACAAACGACGUGGAGCUCGAUCGCCAGGGCUCGUCGUUUCUCAUCAUCACUGGCCCCAACAUGGGUGGAAAGUCGACCUACAUCCGCCAGGUGGGCGUGAUUGCGCUAAUGGCACAGAUCGGCUGCUUCGUGCCCUGCGCCGAGGCCGAGAUCACGGUGUACGACGCCAUUCUGGCGCGCGUGGGUGCGAGCGACUCGCAGCUCAAGGGUGUCUCGACCUUCAUGGCGGAAAUGUUGGAGACGGCCAACAUCCUGAAGUCGGCGACGGCGGACUCGCUCAUCAUCAUUGACGAGCUCGGCCGCGGCACCUCGACCUACGACGGCUUCGGGCUCGCCUGGGCCAUCUCGGAACAUAUCGUGCGCGAGAUUGGAAGCGCGGCCCUUUUUGCCACGCACUUUCACGAGCUCACGGCGCUGGCGGAUCAGCACAAGCAGGUCGACAACCUGCACGUCACCGCGCACAUCAGCGGCACCUCGGCUUCUGCAAAGGAGGACGAGAAGCGUGAAGUGACGCUGCUCUACAAGGUCGAGCCGGGGAUUUGCGACCAGAGCUUCGGCAUUCACGUUGCCGAGCUGGUGCGGUUCCCGGACAAGGUCGUGCGCAUGGCCAAGAGGAAGGCGGACGAGCUGGAAGACUUCACAGCCAAGCACGACAGUCUCGGCCUGCAGUAUAGCAAAGAGGAUGUUGAGCAGGGCAGCGCACGUCUCAAGGAAAUAUUGGUCAAAUGGAAGGAUGAAGUCAAGGAUGGAAGCCUGACGAGGGACCAGAUGGUCGCCAAGAUGAAGGAAUUGGUUGCGGCAGACGCCACUCUCCUGCAGAACCCCUUUUUCCAGUCCGUCAAGGCGUUGUAGAAAUCGGGUUGACUCUCUACAGAUGGGAAACAUGGCACAAUCAUUAUGAUUUUCUUCUUUGAGGAGUUUAGGCUCGGUUAUGGACAGAAGCCGAGAGCAGUAUCACGGGGUAGACGCUAUGUCUGGCGUGGAAACGCUCAAUUUAGAGCUGGUAAUAUGGGCUACGACAAGGGGUUAUUCACUAGAGCUUGAUAGCUAGUUAGCGUUUUUGCUCCAAACUGAAAAAACCAAAAACGAAGUGUUGAAGCAAAUGUAAGAUCCCCAGGUUAUAUCAGAUAAAAGGUGAACAGUGUUUGGUUUAUAAUCAAAGAUAUUCAUAAAC